UCCCUUCCUGUGUUGUUUUAUUGUUGCCACAUGAACUUCGCCUCACAAAAGCCAAAACUCCAAAACCUAUCCAAUUCAACUGAUCGAUCAACGAGCAAAGGCAAGCAACCAUGUUUCGGUCUCUCGUGAUCAACUAUUUCUACAUUCUUCACCUUUUUUGCUAAAACAGCACCAAAAAAGAAAGAAAAAGGGGGAAGAUAGGGAGGCUAACUUAACUUCUCUUUUCUUCUUCUCCUGUUUUUGGAUUCUUGUAGAUUUACAAAGAAGAAAACGAUGAUUCAAGAACUGUUAGGGGAAGCUGCAUCCGGAGUAUUAACUGGGGGAGAAAGAUCAAAGCUGCCCGUUGAUAAUGGGGUCUCAGGAGUCUCGUCAGCUUCUCCCUCUCUUUCACCUUCUCCUACACCUUCCCCUUCGCCAUCUCCGUCACCGUCACCGUCACCUUCUUCUUCCGCAGUCACCCUUCCUCCUCCUACAGGCUCAUCCACUCCGGAGAACCUCAGGUGUCCGCGUUGCGAUUCUACCAACACCAAGUUUUGUUACUACAACAACUACAACCUCACCCAGCCUCGUCAUUUCUGCAAGACGUGUCGCCGUUAUUGGACUAAAGGAGGUGCGCUGCGUAACGUUCCCAUCGGAGGCGGUUGCAGGAAAAACAAGUCUGCCAUGAUAACCUCAUCAGUUAUCAAGUCAAGUGCUGGAAAGUUCAAGACCAUGGCAACAGAAAUGGGAAAAUCCAGUUUUCUGAGUGCCUUCGAACAUGAGCUCUCUUCCUCUUCUCCAUCAUCAAACCCUAUUCUGUGGGCGUCACCUCAAAACUCUCAUUUGUUCUCUUUACUGAAAGCUAACCAAAGCCCUAACCCUAACGCUAGUCCCAUGUCCAAUAGUGUUGUUAAUACUAGCAUGAAAAAGGAGGAGGCAGCCAUGCCUGCAGGGUGCUACUCCCUAAAUGCUUGUAGCAGAAUGGUUGGGUUUGAUUCAGAACUCGGCCAGCAGGUUCCUUCAGUUGGUCUUAUCAGUAGCAGCUCCGGCUGGAGAAACAGUGAACAACAUCAGCAGCAGCAGAUUGGUUUUGUACUUGGCCAAGGAGAAUUCACUGGAGUUCAAGAUUUUUACCAAAGGCUUAGAUCAUCAAGAAAUUGUACUUAUCCAGAUCAUGCUCCGGUAGUCCUGGGUAAUGUAGUUUCCUCUUCUUCAUCGUCGUCUUCCAGUAUCCAAGUUUUAGACUCAGCUCCGGUUGCUGUAGCUGAAUCCGGCUACUGGAAUUCCAUCCUUUCGUCGUGGUCUGAUAUGCCUACAACUAAUGGCGCAUAUCCCUGAGAGUAAAUUACUGUACUCUUUCUUCUUUUUCUUUUUCUUUU